AUGGAUAGGUUCCACGCUGUAUCCUCUUUUGAGGAUGAAAUAGACCAACCUCCGGGCACAUUUAAACUGAUUGGAGACGACGCGGAAGAUGAGGAUGGGCAAUGCAUGGUCCUUCUCUAUCCGAUUCCCUCGUCUGACCCGAAUGUACCUCUAAACUGGAGCACCAUGCGAAAAUCAGUCAACUUCACAAUUGUGUUGGCUAUGACAAUUGUUAUCUUCACGGCGUUAUCGAUCCAAGCCAUCUUUUGGCAGCAGAUGACCGUUGACCUGGAAGUCACCUAUACCGAAUUGAACAAAGCCAUGUCGGUAAAUUUCGUCGGUCUCACAACUGGUUGCAUCUUCUUUAUCCCCUUUGCGAAAAAGUACGGCCGACGGCCAGUUUAUAUCGUCUCAACAGCACUAAUGUUGACUACGUCAUUUUGGACAUCUAAAAUGAACAGUUUGACAGAGCUGUACUUGACUAGCUUACUGCAAGGUUUAGCUGGUGCAACCAACGAGUCGAUAGCAGAGAUAACAAUUGCCGACUUAUUCUUCGUGCAUGAUCGGGGGAGUAUGAAUGGACUAUACCUGACAUGUGUCAUGAUUGGUAGCUUCUUGACCCCCAUGGCUGCAGGGGCACAAGCUACACAGUAUGGCUGGCGCUCUUCUUAUCAAAUAAUGGGAAUCUUCAAUGGUGUCCUUUUCGUCCUCUUCCUCUUCAUCUACGAGGAAACAAAAUUUGUCUCUGUGUUUAUUGGGCAAGCCCGUGCUACCGUUGAAGAAGUUGAUCAACGGGUCUCAAUCAGAGAAGAUGGUUCGGACAAUUUUGACUCGGGGUCUUCCGCCAAGGGCCCUUCUAUCACUGAACAUACUCGUUCUCACCAUGUGCUGGACCUCACUAUACCGCGGAACUCCUGGCGCAAACGCCUUGCCCUGGUAACGCCAACACCAGAACCAAUCUGGCCGCACUUCUACCGCCCCUUCUGCGUGCUUAUCUUUCCCGCUGUGGCAUUUGCUGCGUUUCAAUACGCGGCUGGAAUAGCCUGGCUGACGGUAACUUCCAGCGUCUUGUCACUCACAUUCCCAGCGCCGCCAUACCUCUUCUCACCUGCGCAAAUCGGAUACACUAGCGCUGUAUACGGCGGGUUCCUUGGUGAUCGGUCGAUUUUGUACUACGCAAAACGAAACAGGGGUUAUUACGAACCAGAAAUGAGGUUGUAUAUCUUACACCUUCCAGCAAUUUUCAUGACAGGUGGCCUUAUCAUGUUCGGUGCGACGAUUUCUAGGCCAAGUUCCCAUUUGGGCUGGAUCUGGCCCAAUAUUGCAGGUGCCUUUUUCGGAUUUGGUCUAGGCAGUAUUAGUGAUGCUGCAUUGGUGCUAGUCAUGGACAGUUACAGAGAGAUCACUGGUGAUGCUUUCACCGCUGUGGCAUUCAUGCACAACGCGGUCGGUAUUGCCAUUCCAUUCGCGAUAUAUCCAUGGAUCCAACGCAACGGCAUACAAAAUAUGUUCAUCGCGUGUGGGAUGCUGAAUCUAGUCAUUACUGGGACGAUUAUCCCAAUGGUCUUGGGGCAAGUCUGGUCGGCGCGCAUUGGCAGGCCGAUAUCGCGAUAUUGUGAAGCAUGGCUAUGCUGGUUGACGGAUUAA